AUGCCCAGCGACACUUCCACCAUCCCCCCCUCCCAGGCGUCCACACCUACAUCCAUAGGUAGAUGUUCUUUGCUGCAAGCUUCCUUCGGAAGCAAGAGUAAGGAACAGAUUCUCGACCAAGCCCAUGACAACAUCAAGGUUCUCGAAGUGCACCUUGACCAGGCCAACCGCUUGGCUGCCAUCACGAAGCGCAUCAAGGACCAUUGCGGACUCGGACUCUUGCCUGGGAAUGUGGACAUGCGAGAACAGCGCACGCAAUUCAUGCUGGAGCUGGAUCGCAGUGUUGACGAGUGUCUUUUUGGCGACCGCGCUGUCGACUUGGCCUUUGCGGAGAGUGCCGAUGACGGGAUCACCAAAGAGUAUGAAAGCAUAAAUAAGGAUAUAAGCACUUUCAAUAAGUUCAUCUCGGAUUAUCAAGAAGUCCUUUCCAGAGAGCUUCAAAAGGAAAUCGAAAUCUUGAGGAGCCAACUCAUCGACCAUCCAGGAGACCCUCAGCACGCUGACGUGCCAUUGCUGAUGGCUUCAUACGACACCUCGACUGAUGAUGAAAUCAGGGACAAGGCCCGCGGUGCCAUCCGGGCCUUGGAAGACCUGCUUUGCAGAGCCAAGAUCCUGGCUCUUAGCUCGCUGCCUCGCCUCGGAACCUUCAUCGACGACGAGAGGCUCGACAUAGUGAUUUGCCACAUGCUAGACAACGGCGGCAGCCUGGCACUUUUGCGUGGCUACGUGGAUAAGCUUGUCCAUACCAAGGCGGCUGUGACUAGCUUCAUGGCUAGCAAGUUUGAUCGCGCCACCAGACUCGCCAGCUGCAUCAAGGCUCGAAUCUCGACUCUCGAAAAGUUUGCUGCUCCCGGCGAUGCUUGCCCUUCCAGCGUAGGUGAGGAGCAGAGCUGGGACCUGGCGGGAACUAUCAAGCAAUGCCGGGAAAAUGCCAACACGGUCGGGUCCCUCUUCUGGAAAGUCCAGGACAGGCUACACGCCUUCGAGGUGCCGGCCAACCCUGAAGCCGGGAAGAUCCCCAACGACAUAAACUUCAUUGAAAUCCUGAGCCGCCUUGCUUCAUAA